UGUCGGAUUGCCGACCUUCACAAGGAAGCUUCGGGGUUUUUAGUUUUUAGUCUUUAGUUUUUUUUACCAUUGAAAAAGCAACUGACGAAUAGUCUGUUCAAUACUGCUCACUACUCAUGUAAUGCCACGGUCUACUUCAUUGACAAUUAAAAUAAAUUGUGAUAAAAGCUUGGCUCGGAAGGAAAAGAAUAAACAUUAAAUGGGUUAAGUAGCCACUGAUACAUUAUUGUACUUUAAAUAGGCCUAUAUACUACUAGAUUCUAUAUAGUUUACUUUUCCCUCUUCCAAUUUGACAAAAAGCGCCUUUAUGUUGCAAACAUAGUGGGGUGGGUUUAGCUACACACUGGGCCAACGACGCGCGUCGGUGGAUUGAGGCCAAGCUCCGUGCCCCGCGCCAUCCAUCUCUUGACCAGAGGCAGGGGUCUCUUCUCGCAAUGACAAGGCUAUGAGUGCAAGAAGGUAACCCAUUGUUAGUGUGGCUUAGUUUUACACUUUCAACAUUAUUCUAGCUUCGAUUUCAGUCUCUUUUUGACUUGGUAUAAAUUCACGGAGUUGAAGUGAUGGGCUCGUGGUCAAAAGAAAGAACGUUGGAAUUCAUCAAAUUGUAUAGAUAUCACAGAUGUCUCUGGGAUGUAAAAAGCAGAGAUUACUCGAAUAAAAUCAAGAGGGAGAGAGCGUAUGAUGAGAUGGUAGCAUUUGUCAAAUCGUUUUACCCCGAUGCAAACAAGGACACUGUUGUUUGUAAAAUCAGCAACCUUCGUAGCUCUUGGAGAAAAGAGCGAAAAAAGAUCCUUUCUUCCCAGGUCUCUGGGGCGGGCUCUGAGGAGGAACAUGUGCACACUCCAAGUCUGUUUUAUUUCGACAGCCUGAAAUUCAUCGCUGACGCACAGUUUGCAAGAAAACGGGGAGAAAGCAGUAGACAUGAUGGUUUUAACAAUACAAGCACGGCUCAGGAAUCUGACAAGGAUGUCGAUUCGAAAGAACACAUUCUUUGUUCCCAAGGUUGUGAUAUAGACAUGACUGAUGAUGACGAAUGUUCCGACACUGACAGAUCUACGCCCUCUGUGACUACAGCAGGAGCCCCCACAAUACCUGUGUCUUGGAGACUGCAAAGGAACAAAGAGGAGCCUGUGGCCAAAAGGAAGAAGACAUGUCAGAAGGACGAAAUCCUUAGGAAAGUGUGUCAAAACUUGAAUUCUCUGAGCUCCGAAUCUCUCAGAAAGGAUGAAUUUGACUGUUUUGGACAAACGGUGGCCUAUGGUCUUCGCAACAUGUCAAAGGAACAAGCAAUUCAUGCAAAAAAACGUAUCUCCGAUGUGCUCUAUGAGGGGCAGUUGGGUACUCUCUCCACGGUCUUCAGUGUCUUCCCCACUACAGAGAAGUGUAAUAACAGCAGUGCAUGAAAACACCUGCAGGCUACAAACUCACAUCCCGAAUCAGAAGUACAGUACCGACAUCUGUGAUGUAAUUGUCAGGCUCUUUGCCAUGCAUGCAGAAGACACGAGUUUGAUUCCCAAGCAAGUAUCCUUGUCUAUCAGCCGGAAUGGAUGUAAUCGUAUGUUUUAAAUACAAAGAAUACGUACAUUUGUACGGCAAUAAUGUCAAUAGCACAGGGGAAGAAAUAGCCCAACUGUUGCUAGAUUGAUAACAACAACAA